CGAAUUUCCUUGGGAAUGGACGUGCGCUGUAGGGGUAGCGCGGGAUUCAGGGUCGAAAUUGCACGGUGGUUGAAAAGCAACGGACACCAGUCGAGGACAGGCGGUCUCGCGUUUAAGUGGUCCAUCAAUUCCAUGUCGCCUUUGGUUCUGUUCUUUCAUUACGGAGUUCUGGCCAUCAUUUUCGGGAACGGUUUUGGGGAUGAACACGAAUACAGACUGACGAAGUAUCUGCUGGAUGGGUACGACGCCGGUGUACGUCCAGCUAAAAAUUCCUCGCAACCCCUGGCAGUUGUCUUUGGCCUCUCUCUUCAUCACAUAAUCGACGUGGACGAGAAGAACCAGAUACUGACGACUAACUGUUGGGUGACACAGAUCUGGACGGACCAUCAUCUGAAAUGGAACGCCUCGGAAUUCGCUGGAAUCCGAGUGAUCCGCGUUCCUUACAACCGCGUGUGGAGACCAGACACGAUCCUGUACAACAACGCCGAUCCACAGUACAGCUCGGCAGUCAUCAAUACGAACGUGAUAGUCAGUCACACGGGAGAGGUGGUGUGGCUGAGCCAUGGUAUCUUCCGCAGCAGCUGCGACAUCGACGUCGAGUUCUUCCCGUUCGACGAGCAACGGUGCGUCCUGAAAUGGGCCUCCUGGACGUACGAUGGAUACCAACUGGAGCUGGAGAGGCAGAGCGAGCAAGGAGACGUGAGCAAUUACCAGGCAAACGGUGAAUUCGACCUGAUCGAUUUCUCCGCGAGAAGAAACGUCGAGUAUUAUUCCUGUUGUCCAGAGCCGUAUCCGGACAUCACCUACGAGAUACGGCUGCGACGCCGACCCAUGUUCUACUUCUUCAACUUGAUCCUGCCGUGUAUACUCAUCAACAGCGUCGCCCUGUUGGUAUUCUACGUGCCGUCGGAAUCGGGGGAGAAAGUCACCCUCGGGAUUUCCGCGCUCCUCUCUAUGACGGUCUUCCUGAUGACUAUUCGCGAGACACUGCCGCCCACGGAGAAAACACCGUUGAUAAGUCUCUAUUACGGAGUCAGUAUAUGCCUGGUGUCAUUCGCAUCGGGAUUAACGGUGGUCACCUUGAAUCUUCAUCAUCGCGGUGUUCAAGGGACCAGAGUGCCAGGUAUCGUCCGAUCGUUGGUGUUGGACAAGCUAGCCAGGAUAGUGUUCCUCAACUUCCAGGAGGAAAAGAGAUCGGAACCGGUCGAACCGCCCAGAAGAAAAAACAAUUGUCCACUGCACUGCAAACCGGAACUGGCCCAGUCGCAAUCCUCGCCCAAGUUCAUGACUAGAAGGGAGGAGAGUAACAGCGGCAGCCCUAGUUUAGAUCUUGGAAAAGACGGUAGCCUUGAAGCUCAAUGGUCACGCGUGCUAGGAAGAGUACACGCGACGAUCGAGAGGAACGAGAAACGACUGGCGGAGCAGGAUCGUCGGGAACGAAUGGAAUUAGAUUGGAAACACGUUGCGCUGGUCAGUGAUCGAGCGCUCCUCUGCGUCUUCUUCCUGACAACGAUCGUCAGCACCACCGUCAUUCUUUGUGGUUCUCCGUCAAACACGAACAUCGCCAAAGAGGGCUGAGGACGAUGGUGGGGAAUGGAGUU